CGUUACUUCAGAUUUUUUUCCCUUUGGUGGAAUAGUUUUAAGGAUUCAGGGAGGCAGGCAGUUUGCUGAUUUUAUAAUGUGUGUGUUCUGUUUGGUGAGGAAUCUUUGUGCAGCCCUGGUGAAAAUAUUUUUAAUGUUGGUGAUGUUUUCUUCUGCUUUAUGCUCUGCAGUCCAGGUGUUGUUAGUGAAUUUAUAACUGGAUAAGAGCUUAAAGGCAUAUUAGUACGUGGUCGUGGGCAGCUCUGUUCUCUUAGAGGGAGACUGAAGAGGGGAAGGAAGGUUCUUUUGAUUCAGAAAUCACCUUUUUUUUCUUCUUCUUUUUUUUUUUUUUUCCUGUUGGAUCAGGUCUUGAAGUGUAGGGUGAAGGUUUCUCUUCACGGUGCAUGGACGGAAAGCCAAUGCGCAGGUGUGCCAGCACUCGCCCAGGAGAGACCGGAAUGGACGUGACCAGCCGCUGCACCCUCGGAGACCCCAACAAGCUGCCCGAAGGCGUGCCGCAGCCCGCGCGCAUGCCCUACGUCUCCGACAAGCACCCCCGGCAGACCCUGGAGGUCAUCAACCUGCUGAGGAAGCACCGGGAGCUCUGCGAUGUGGUGCUGGUGGUGGGGGCCAAGAAGAUCUACGCCCACAGGGUGAUCCUGUCGGCCUGCAGCCCCUACUUCCGAGCCAUGUUCACCGGGGAGCUGGCGGAGUCGCGGCAGACGGAGGUGGUGAUCAGGGACAUCGACGAGCGGGCCAUGGAGCUGCUCAUCGACUUCGCCUACACCUCGCAGAUCACUGUGGAAGAGGGGAAUGUCCAGACCUUGUUGCCAGCUGCUUGCCUUCUCCAACUGGCCGAGAUCCAGGAGGCCUGCUGCGAGUUCCUCAAGAGACAGUUGGACCCUUCCAAUUGCCUGGGCAUCCGGGCUUUUGCUGACACUCACUCGUGCCGUGAACUGCUGAGGAUCGCUGACAAAUUCACGCAGCACAACUUCCAGGAGGUGAUGGAGAGUGAGGAGUUCAUGCUGCUUCCUGCCAACCAGCUCAUAGACAUCAUAUCCAGUGACGAGUUAAACGUGCGCAGCGAAGAGCAGGUGUUCAACGCCGUGAUGGCCUGGGUGAAGUACAGCAUCCAGGAGAGAAGACCCCAGCUGCCACAGGUCCUGCAGCACGUCCGCCUGCCCCUGCUGAGUCCCAAGUUUCUUGUGGGUACAGUGGGUUCUGAUCCACUCAUUAAGAGUGAUGAGGAAUGCAGGGAUCUGGUGGAUGAAGCCAAAAACUAUCUGCUGCUGCCCCAAGAGCGGCCACUGAUGCAGGGACCGCGAACGAGGCCACGCAAACCCAUCCGCUGUGGAGAGGUGCUCUUUGCAGUGGGGGGCUGGUGCAGCGGGGACGCGAUUUCCAGCGUGGAGCGCUACGACCCCCAGACCAACGAGUGGAGGAUGGUGGCUUCCAUGAGCAAGAGGCGCUGUGGUGUUGGAGUCAGUGUCCUGGAUGACCUCCUCUAUGCUGUGGGAGGCCACGACGGCUCUUCUUAUCUUAACAGUGUGGAAAGGUAUGAUCCAAAGACCAAUCAGUGGAGCAGUGAUGUGGCUCCCACCAGCACCUGCAGGACCAGUGUUGGAGUAGCAGUUCUUGGAGGUUACCUCUAUGCUGUGGGUGGCCAGGAUGGUGUCUCUUGUCUCAACAUUGUGGAGAGGUAUGAUCCCAAAGAAAACAAAUGGACUCGAGUGGCUUCCAUGAGCACCAGGCGCCUGGGAGUGGCAGUGGCUGUGCUGGGAGGCUUCCUCUAUGCUGUGGGAGGCUCUGAUGGAACAUCUCCUCUCAAUACUGUGGAACGCUACAACCCCCAGGAGAACCGCUGGCACACGAUAGCCCCCAUGGGCACGAGGAGGAAGCACCUGGGCUGUGCCGUGUACCAGGACAUGAUCUACGCCGUGGGAGGCAGGGAUGACACCACAGAGCUCAGCAGUGCAGAGAGGUACAACCCACGCACCAACCAGUGGUCCCCCGUGGUGGCCAUGACGUCCCGGCGGAGCGGGGUUGGCCUGGCCGUGGUGAAUGGACAGCUGAUGGCAGUGGGGGGCUUUGAUGGCACAACGUACCUGAAGACCAUUGAGGUGUUUGAUCCAGAUGCUAACACGUGGAGGUUGUACGGCGGGAUGAACUACCGGCGGCUGGGCGGAGGCGUGGGGGUUAUCAAAAUGACACACUGUGAAUCUCAUAUAUGGUAAGCUUCCAGAGGGAGGGAGUCCCCUGCCUUCCCAUUCCUAGAAAAAACUGAAGAGACUUGUUGACACUGGACCUCUUUGCAGCUCUAGUAUGCACGGUCUAGAUCCAAUGUAACUCUUUGCCGGUGAACUCUUUCUAUGGAAUUAUAAAAAUUGACUUCUGUGAGAGUGUGCCCAGCGGGAGACCACGUUGUCAGACUCCAGGGAACCACUGGACAAAAGUAGAAGUGUUGCUUAUGUCCGUAUUUUUUCUAAAUAGUCCUACAUUUUUUGAAUCAACCAAACUGUAACAGUUACUGUAGCGUAAAGGAUGCUGAUGUAGAGCCUACACUCUGUACUGAGAGUCUGGCCAGGAGGAGGGAUUCCUGCUUUUCCUCCUGCUGUGGGAGCAGUGGAUAUGGCAGCUGUUUGGUGGGCGAAGGAGAAAAAAUGAUACAGAAAACAUUGCUUUUGCCUUAUUUACAGAGAGCUUCAAAAAAAAAAAAAAAGUACUUGACCUGCAA